AUGGCGCACGACACCGUCUACUACUCGCACCCGCGCACUUACGGCAAGGGCUCUCGCGGCUGCCGCGUCACCGGUGACAGGAAGAAGUCCGGUCUCAUCCGCAAAUACGGCCUCAACAUGUCGCGUCAGGCAUUCCGCGAGAAGGCCGAGGACAUCGGAUUCAAGAAGGUGAGUCCUGGUGCUUUGUCCCCGUCGUUGGCGGGCUCCCAUUGGGUCGGCGUGAGGAGGCGGCUGGAGGGAUGGGUGCGGAGAGCUGCUGAGGAGAGCGCUGUGGAGGGAGUCGCAUGA